AUGUCAGGUUAUGCUAAGUUUAUGAAAGAUUUGGUCACAAAGAAGAGAAGCAUGGUCUUUGAGACGAUUAAGGUCUCCCAUAGUUGUAUUUCUAUUAUGACAAACAAUGUGGUUGUCAAGAAAGAUUACCCAAGGGAAUUUACCAUUACUUGCAAUAUCGGCAUGUUUCAAUUUGAUAAAGCAUUAUGUGAUUUGGGGGAUAGUAUAAACUUGGUGCUCUAUGCCAUUUUCAAAAAACUUUGGAUAGGUGUGCCUACGCCUACUACUAUGCAUCUUCUCAUGGCUGAUCAUUCUAUCAAGCGCCUCGUUGGCAUUCUUUAUGAUGUUUUGGUGAAGGUGGACAAAUUCAUAUUUUUGGCUGAUUUUGUGAUCCUUGAUUGCGAGAUUGAAGCUGAAGUUCAUAUUAUUCUUGGUAGGCCAUUCUUGGCUACCGGGAAAGCUCUUGUGGAUGUGGAAAAUAGUGAAUUGAUGUUUCACGUAAAUGAAGCGGUUGCUAGUGUGAGUGAAGUCUCAUGUGUUGGUGAAUCUUUGGCUGCCAUACUCUUGAACUUUGAUGGGAAGGAAAUUCAAGAUUAUGAUGUAGUGGUGGCUGCUCUAUCGGGUUUAGAUUCUUAUUCUAAGAGCCCUUUGAAACUUGAUAUCAAUUUGAAGAAUAGAGAAAGUCCUCUUGCAAAGCGAUCUAUUGAGGAACCACCAAAGCUUGAAUUAAAGAAAUGUCAUUUCAUGGUUAAGGACGGUAUUGUGUUGGGGCAGAAAAUUUUGGGAGAAGGCAUAAAAGUUGAUCAAGUAAAAGUUGAAGUUAUUGUCAAGUUGCCUCCUCCUAUCUCGAGAAAAGGUUUUAGAAGUUUCUUGGGUCAUGUGUGUUUCUACCGGAGAUUCAUAAAAGAUUUCUCUAAGGUAGCUCUUCCUCUUUCCAAGCUACUUGAAAAACAAAGAAUCUUUGAGUUUGAUGAAGCUUGUGUCAAGGCAUGUUUGUGUUUAAAUGAGAAGCUCAUUUCAGCUCCUAUCAUUGUUGCUCUAGAUUGGAGUAUUUCAUUUGAGUUAAUGUGUGAUGCGAGCAGUGUAGGUUCGGAGGUUGUGCUUUACCAAUGCAAGAGAAAAAAAAUUCACCCGGUCUAA